CUGAACUCCUCGGUUCCCCACCGAGCCGCACCGGAGUCCGGCGAAACCCUACCCACUCUCAAUCCCUGAAGCCCACCGAGCCGCACCGGAGUCCGGCGAAACCAUAGUAGUACCACGAUGAAGGGAUCGGCGGCGGAUGCCUGGGGUUGCUGUAGCUGUCAUCCCAUCGAUGGUGAGAUGGAGGAGUUCCAAAACGCCAAUCGGAAGAACCAAAGAUGGAGGAGUUCCAAAACGCCAAUAGGAAGACCAGGAGCCUGCAGAGCUCCAAAACUCCGCACCGAGGCGGCCGAGCCUGAGGAAAUCCAGCAGGAGCGGAAGCAGGAAGAAAUCCAAGAGGAGGGGAAGCAGCAAGAAAUCCAAGAGGAGGAAAUCCAGAAGGAGCGGCAGCAGGAGCAGGAGCAGGAGGAGCUCGACUGCUACCUGCCCGUCGACUUCAGCGUCUUGCUUGCUCGACGCCAGCAGUUUGUGGAGGAGAUCAGGCACAAGAGGUUCCGACCCAAGAAGAAGAAGGGUUAUGUUCUCGGCCUGCCUUCUUGGUUUUUCGCAAAUGCCGAUGAUAACCCCCUGUCCGCCGCAGUCACCCAGGCUGAUCUCUCUUACUUGAACUGUGAGGACGAAGACAAUGCCGAGGACAGUUUCCCUGUUGCAGAGGAAGAGAAGCAUGGCGAUAAGGAGCUGAUCCCAUCUUGCGCAGUACAGAAAUAUGAUGUUGAAGAAGUGGACAAAAUUAAUGAAAGAAGAGUUGAUUUGCUGACAACCUUGGUGGAGGAAAACCACAAAGAAUUUUUCAGUGGAGAGGGGAUAACAGAUUAUUUGCGUCCUCAACCUUUGUUAGCCCUCGACAAUGUCACCCACUCAUGCAUAUUGACCACAAGAUGCUACCAUCGCACAUACAGGACUGAUGAUAUCACUGAAACUGACCCGAGCUACCGAGAGCUCGAACCUGAAAACAUGGUUCAGAUUUUCUCGUUGACGUUGCCGGAGACUUAUCCUUGUUCUAUCAGUAUUUAUGGAAUCUUUGCCAUUCGGGAUGUUCUACAUCCAGGUCGAAAUUAUCUGUUUAGGCGCUCGAGAGAUAACUCCAUCACUAUUCAUCCUGGUUCUAGUCUGCCUCUCAUCAGCCCUUGUCGCGGAAUCUACGCUCUAACUCGCGCUUUACUGGAUGUUGACCUUCGGAUAAAGCAUGAUGGUGACGAUGAAUCAGCUGACGAGAAAUUCGUUGCUGGAUACUUUGAGUUGCUGGUUGAGUGCAAGUACGACAUGAGAUUUUGUCAGCGCCUUCACGAUGGCAUACGCAGUCACUUCCUGGAUGUCGAUGGCCGCUAUAUUGGAUGGAGCAUCGCAGCCACGGUAAUAGCGUCCGCUGACAUUCCUUAUCCUUGCCACGUGACGUUCAAGGCCUAUACGAGCGGUUUUGAUGACGAGAUCACAAUUUCCGAUGGCCUGCAUCAUGAAGGAGAAGUGCAGUUCAGGCAUGUGGUGGCUGUGAAGGUGCUGUGGACGCUGGAGCUUUGCCUCAAACUUGACGGAAUGUGCUAUUCCCACUCUUUCAAGGCUGGGGUCGACUCGAAACCUGUCAAGUUCGGACCCAUGAAAGCGCUGGUGGUUUGGUCUGUCAUGAACCGGCACAGGUUCUGGUGGUGAUGGUUAGUGCUUGAGAAUACUACUAGUCUGUUAGGAAUAGCUAUGAAGCACACUAAUUAGCUGCUGCUUUAGCGCCUUCAGUUAAUUAUUAACGAGGUGUCCUGUAUUUAUGUCUUCUUUGACUUUGCGUCAAUUAUCGAGGUUUCUUCUGCUCUGCUCUGCUCUAAUUUUUAGCAAUGAAGAAUGUGGAAUGUACUGAUUGAGAACUACUGGUCUACUUGCGCGCUUUAAAUUACGGACA